AUGUCUACCUCGCUCAAAUGUUGUCCGUCCUUGCACUCCAUUGCCUCUGACCUUGCCAUUCAGAGCGGGGCCCCUUUGGAUGACGUAGUAGCCAUGGGAAAUUGGUCUAGCUCCUCUGUCUUCGAUACUCAUUACCGUCGUUCUCGUGCCAUUCGAACCAAUAUCACGGAAUCCCAGCACUUCUCUGAUCCUGUUCGGGGUCCGAUGGACUCUGUGGUAUACAUACCACAAUUGAGUGAAGAACAGACCCCACAACCAAACACUCGUUCCUUCUUGCUAAUGAACCUGGCAAGUUAA